UGAGGGGAUGAAGGUGCUCCCUGCAUCUGGCCUUGCUGUCCUCCUCAUCAUGGCUUUGAAGUUUUCCACUGCAGCCCCCUCCCUAGUUGCAGCAUCCCCCAGGAUCUGGAGGAACAACUACCGCCUCGCACAGGCAUAUGUUGACAAAUAUUACACAAAUAAAGAAGGACACCAGAUUGGUGAGAUGGUUUCAAGAGGAGGCAAUUCCAUGGUAAGGAAGAUUAAGGAGCUACAAGCGUUCUUUGGCCUCCAAGUCACCGGGAAGUUAGACAAGACCACAAUGGAUGUGAUCAAGAAGCCUCGCUGUGGAGUUCCUGAUGUGGCCAAUUAUCGCCUCUUUCCAGGUGAACCCAAAUGGAAAAAAACUACUUUGACAUACAGAAUAUCUAAAUACACACCAUCUAUGAGUCCUGCUGAGGUGGACAAAGCAAUGGGGAUGGCCUUGCAGGCCUGGAGUAGUGCCGUUCCUCUGAACUUUGUUAGAAUAAACUCAGGAGAAGCGGAUAUUAUGAUAUCUUUUGAAACUGGAGAUCACGGGGAUUCCUAUCCAUUUGAUGGGCCUCGAGGGACUCUAGCCCAUGCAUUUGCUCCUGGAGAAGGCCUGGGAGGAGAUACACAUUUCGACAAUGCUGAGAAGUGGACUAUGGGAACGAAUGGUUUUAAUUUGUUUACUGUUGCUGCUCAUGAAUUUGGCCAUGCCCUGGGCCUGGCCCAUUCCACAGACCCAUCAGCACUGAUGUACCCAACUUAUAAGUACCAGAAUCCCUAUGGAUUCCACCUCCCCAAAGAUGAUGUGAAAGGGAUCCAGGCAUUGUAUGGACCUCGGAAACCAUUCCUGGGGAAGCCCACUGUGCCCCAUGCUCCCCCUCAUAAGCCAUCCACCCCUGACCUCUGUGACUCCAGCUCAUCCUUUGAUGCUGUGACAAUGCUGGGGAAGGAGCUCCUGCUCUUCAAGGACCGGAUUUUCUGGAGACGGCAGGUUCACUUGCGGGCAGGAAUUCGGCCCAGCACUAUUACCAGCUCCUUCCCUCAGCUCAUGUCCAAUGUGGAUGCAGCUUAUGAAGUGGCUGAGCGGGGCACUGCUUACUUCUUCAAAGGUCCCCACUACUGGAUAACGAGAGGAUUCCAAAUGCAAGGUCCUCCUCGCACUAUUUAUGACUUUGGAUUUCCAAGGUACGUGCAGCAAAUAGAUGCUGCUGUCUACCUCAGGGAGCCACAGAAGACCCUUUUCUUUGUGGGAGAUGAAUACUAUAGCUACGAUGAAAGGAAAAGAAAAAUGGAAAAAGACUAUCCAAAGAAUACUGAAGAAGAAUUUUCAGGAGUAAAUGGCCAAAUUGAUGCUGCUGUAGAAUUAAAUGGCUACAUUUACUUCUUUUCAGGACCAAAAACAUACAAGUAUGACACAGAGAAGGAAGAUGUGGUUAGUGUGGUGAAAUCUAGUUCCUGGAUUGGUUGCUAAAUAGAGAACCUUGGUCUUCCCAGCAAUGAGGAUGAUGGCAAGCAGCUUCUAACCGGAUCUUAAGGACUAAAGCAGAAUGUAGGAUAGGGAUUCUUCCCAUGGCCUUCAAGUCAAAUUAGAAUUCAUUGAAAAUAAUGUUUCCAAUUUUUUUCAUAGUUGUAUAUUCAGAAUUUUCACCCACAUUAGAAAGUGUCUAUAUGGGCAAUUUUAUACAAAAUCCAAAUCAACACAAUGCACUCUCCAGUUAGACACCAUUACUUUUUUCUUACCUAAUAUAUACUGAAGCAGAUCAGUUUGAUUUUUAUUUCCAGGAGGAAGCCUAGUGGUAAAUUCCAUGACAUAUACUAUAAUUCUUUUAAUAGGAAAUGUUAUUACUAUGCAAAUUAUAAUUAUUUUGCAAGCAACGGCUUUUGUGGCCAUGAUUUGGCCACCAUUUGUUAUAAUAAAUACAAAUUUCCCAAUUUUUACUUAAAAGACAUCACAACAAAA